AUGAACUGCAUCCUCCGAUAUUGGCAAGUAAAUUCAUAUUUAUCCAUUUUACAUAUUUUGCUAUAUUCUCCCGCCGCACACCCCUCUAAAUUCCAGCUUCUCGACAAAUGUCACAAUGACCUGGAGUCGUGCCUUGACCAAAUUGAAAUUUUCCAGUGCAUUCGACGUUUUCCCUCGUUUUUCUUGCUCUUUUGGCCAGAAGGCAACUCUAUUACUCUUUUUCUUUUAGCUCACAACAAAAUCCCAACAAUGCUUUCUGCAGUAGCAAGAAACUUGAGAACAGUAAGUUGCAUAUCUCGAGUGGGAGGCCCGGCUUCAGCCGCUGAAGCUAGAACUCUCUUGUCCGUCCGUUCCGCCACUAACCAUCUCUUCCAGUCCGCCCGCCGUUCGGCCCAUGUGCGUUUCAACUCUUCGAAGGUGACCGGCCAAGUCAUCGGUAUCGAUCUUGGUACCACUAACUCGGCUGUUGCCAUCAUGGAGGGUAAGACGCCCAAGAUCAUCGAGAACGCCGAAGGUUCCAGAACCACACCUUCCGUCGUCGCUUUCACCAAGGAUGGUGAGAGACUCGUUGGUAUUCCAGCCAAGCGUCAGGCCGUUGUCAACCCCGAAAACACCCUGUUCGCCACUAAGAGAUUGAUCGGUAGACGUUUUGAGGAUGCCGAGGUCCAGCGUGACAUCAAGCAGGUGCCUUACAAGAUUGUCAAGCACACCAACGGAGAUGCCUGGCUCGAGGCCCGUGGCGAGAGAUACUCGCCCUCGCAAAUCGGAGGUUUCGUUUUGAACAAGAUGAAGGAGACUGCCGAGGCCUACACCGGUAAGCCAAUCAAGAACGCCGUGGUGACUGUGCCCGCUUACUUCAACGACUCGCAACGUCAGGCCACCAAGGAUGCCGGUGCUAUUGUCGGUAUGAACGUUGCACGUGUUGUCAACGAGCCAACCGCCGCCGCUCUUGCCUACGGUCUUGAGAAGGCUGACGCCAGUGUUGUGGCCGUUUUUGACCUCGGUGGAGGUACCUUCGAUAUCUCCAUCCUCGACAUUGACGGAGGAGUCUUCGAGGUCAAGUCCACUAACGGUGACACCCACCUUGGUGGUGAGGACUUCGACAUCACCUUGGUGAGACACAUUACCGAGGCUUUCCACAAGGAGUCUGGAAUCAACCUGGAUGGUGACAGGAUGGCCAUCCAGAGAAUCAGAGAGGCUUCUGAGAAGGCCAAGAUCGAGCUUUCGUCUACUCUGGCCACUGAGAUUAACCUUCCUUUCAUUACUGCCGAUGCCUCUGGUCCAAAGCACAUCAACAUGAAGUUCACCAGAGCUCAGUUCGAGUCUCUUGUUGAGCCACUCAUCAAGAAGACCGUUGAGCCAGUCAAGAAGGCUCUUAAGGACGCCAGUCUGUCCACCUCUGACAUCUCUGAGGUUAUCCUCGUUGGUGGUAUGACCAGAAUGCCAAAGGUUGUCGAGACCGUCAAGGCCCUUUUCGGAAAGGAGCCAUCCAAGGCCGUUAACCCAGAUGAGGCUGUUGCCAUUGGUGCUGCCAUCCAAGGUGCCGUUCUUUCCGGUGAGGUCAAGGACGUUUUGUUGCUUGACGUGACUCCAUUGUCUCUCGGUAUCGAGACUCUUGGUGGAGUUUUCACCAGAUUGAUCCCAAGAAACACCACCAUUCCAACCAAGAAAUCGCAGGUGUUCUCCACUGCUGCCUCUGGCCAGACCUCGGUCGAGAUCAGAGUCUUCCAGGGUGAGAGAGAACUUGUCCGUGACAACAAGUUGAUCGGAAACUUUACUCUGGCUGGUAUCCCACCUGCUCCAAAGGGUGUUCCUCAAAUCGAGGUCACUUUCGACAUUGACGCUGACGGAAUCAUCAACGUUUCUGCCAAGGACAAGGCUUCUGGAAAGGAUAACUCUAUCACCGUUGCCGGUUCAUCUGGUCUUUCCGAGACUGAGAUCGAGAAGAUGAUCAGCGAUGCUGAGAAAUUUGCUGAGGAGGACAAGGUUAGAAAGGAGGCCAUUGAGAGCUCCAACAGAGCCGACCAGCUUUGUAACGACACCGAGAAGUCUCUUGAGGACUUCAAGGACAAGAUCAAUGCUGCCGACUCCGAGCCAGUCCUUAAGUUGAUUACCGAGGUUAGAGAGAUCAUUGUCAAGGUGAACGCCGGCGACGCUGUCGACGCUGCUCUGAUCAAGGAGAAGACCGAGGAGUUGCAGAAGGCCUCUUUGUCCCUGUUCGAGAAGUUCUACAAGGACCAGGCUGCCCAGGACAACUCUUCAUCUUCCGAGGAGCCAAAGAAUUAG